UUUGGUACCCCAAACAUUGAGUUUGGCAUAUCCACUUCGAGUUCGAGCACGUAAAAGGUAAAACUGUGCUAAUCAGUUUGCGAUAUUUUCCGAAGAGUUUAUCUCUCCCUCAUUAUUAGAUCUCCGGCAUCUCCCUCUUUUCUCUCUCUAUCGACUCCAUUGCAGAUUUUGCUGAUCUUGCACCAGGGUUUCCCACCAUUACGGGUUUGGGAUUUUGUUCAGCAUCUAAGACCUUCUCAAUCGAUUGUCUUGCACAAGAUGUACUUCCUGCAUCUUCAUACCAAAAUGCAGUUUUUGAGCUGGUUUUUGAAUCCAAAUGGAAGCCAAAAAGUUCAUUCAGUUGGUCGAGGAGAAGAAGAAGCGAGUGAUGGAAAGGAAAGAAGCACCAAUGAAAUGGCAGCAGAGAUUGGAAGCUGGUGCAAAAGCAAUAGCCGAUGCUGAAGCCAAAGAACGGAAGGCGAAGUUGUCAAAAAAGAACAAAAGAAAAUCAGUAUCUGAUUAUGAUAGUGAAAGUGAAUCAGAUAGCAGUCAUGGGGGCAGAAAUUCUAGAAAAAGAUCCCAUAAGAAGCAUAGAAAGCACUCGCAUUCUGAUUCUGGGGAUGAGAAGAGGGGGAAGAAAUCCAAGCGCAAGUCAAAGAGACGGCCUUUGGACUCAAGUGACAGCAGUGAUGAUUGUGAUAGUAGCUCUGAAGAAAACAAGAGGACAAGGAAGCGAUCUCAGAGAAAGUACAGUCGGCAUGAUUCAAGAUUUGAGGAUUCUAGUUCUGAUUCUGAUGCUGCUGUGAGGAGAUCUCACAAAAGGCACCACAAACGCCACAAGAGGUCAGACACUAGUUCUUCUGAUUCCUCUGAAGAGGAUCAGAGGAGAAACCGUUCCAAGCACCACAAGGUUACUUGAUGACUACAUUUUUCUUCGAACUUGAUUGUUGUGUUGCUUUACCAUUAUCUUUCAUUGUUAAGGAGUUCUCAGAUAAAGUUAUCUUCGUUUGGUACAGGAGCAAUCCUAAAACUUUGCACAAGUAUCGACCUUGCUUUACAUUACUCAAUGUGGUUUCAUUGUGAAUUAUAUGUGUCAUCAAUUUGCUUAGCUUGUUUUGCUUUGUACCAAUUCAGUCAGCUGAUUCGAUGAA